UCUGAGGGUGUGGAUGGUUGUCUCAGAUCACAGUCCUAUCUGCAGGAUUUUCAUCCUUUGGACCUGUCCGCUAACGACAGAAUAAAUAUUUUGGAAGAUAGGCAAGAAAGAAAAAAACUAUUUCAAGUAAAAGUUGAUAUUUUUUCAGACCAAUAUUACCAGGAC